AACGGCAGAGAACAAGUGCGAAAUAUCAUUGAGGUCAUUGGAGUGUCUUUGAAAGGUUACUGAGCGUUCGAAAUUUGAAAUCAUUCACAUCUGUAUCUAGAAAGUCAUAGAGAAUAUGUUGCCACAAUAUUUGAAACCUAUUUUGAAUGUUACUCAACAAGGAGCGAAACGACUAUCUACCAGCGCCAAAUGCAAUGCCAAGGUUGCAAUUCUCGGAGCAAGCGGAGGAAUUGGCCAACCGCUCUCAUUACUUAUGAAACAAUCUCCUCUUGUAACCGAAUUAUCGUUAUAUGAUGUCGUAAAUACACCAGGUGUCGCUGCUGAUCUGUCACACAUAGAUACACCGGCAAAAGUAAAAGCGUAUACUGGUCCAGAAGAGUUAAAAGAUGCACUUAAAGGAAUGCAGGUAGUCAUAAUUCCUGCCGGUGUUCCACGUAAACCAGGAAUGACUAGAGAUGAUCUUUUUUCUACAAACGCCUCGAUAGUAAGAGAUCUUACUCAGGCUAUAGCAGAAGUAUCACCAAAAGCUUUUAUUGCCAUUAUUUCAAAUCCAGUUAAUAGUACUGUGCCAAUUGCCAGUGAAGUGUUGAAAAAAGCUGGCGUUUACGAUCCCAAUAGAGUAUUCGGUGUAACAACUCUCGAUAUUGUCAGAGCAAAUACAUUCAUUGCCGAAGCCAAAGGCUUGAAUCCACAAAAUGUUUCAGUGCCAGUUAUUGGUGGUCAUAGUGGUGUCACUAUUAUUCCUUUAAUUUCACAAACUAAACCCUCAGUUUCUUUUCCAGAGGAUAAAGUGAAAGCUCUUACUAUGAGAAUUCAAGAAGCUGGUACAGAAGUUGUUAAAGCCAAGGCUGGCACAGGUUCUGCCACUCUUUCAAUGGCAUAUGCUGGUGCACGAUUUGGUUUUUCUUUAAUCAAAGCACUUAAUGGAGAACGUAUUACAGAAUACUGUUAUGUCAAAUCUGAUGUUUGUGACACUAAAUAUUUCUCAACAGCUGUUGUUUUGGGUAAAGGAGGAAUUGAAAAGAAUCUUGGUAUCGAAAAACUCAAUGCAUAUGAAAAAGAACUGUUAAAUGUAGCAAUCCCAGAGCUCAAGAAGAAUGUUGAAAAGGGAGAACAAUUUAUGAAAAAAUGAACAUUAAAUUAUUUCCAUGAAUUAUUAAAAUAUUAGGGGAUAUUAAACAAUAUCAAAUAAAACUCAAUAACUUUUGAUAUUGAUUAUGAAAAUAAUUCGCGUUGUACGC